GGCAGACUGGCGUGUCGACGGCGGUGGGAAGCCAUGCGGGCUCCGCUCGACGGCCCAGUGAGCGAGGUGCGGUGUGGCCACAGUGAGAGGGGUGAGCAGGUGAUGGGUUAGACGGUGAGCUCGGCGAGUCAGAAGCAGUGAGACCGGUGCCGGAGUGGCUGCGAGCUUUGAGAAGUGUGAGGUCAACCGUGAACAGUGUGUGUGAGGUCAAUUGUGGUGCGCUGUGAUACUGAAGAAGGCAGUAGCGUGCUGGCUAUUAGGAGAUACAGCGGGUCAGCCUGACAGUGAUCGAGGUAUAGUGACUGUGGUCUAUGCAUCAGUGCCAACCGUGAUGACGGCUGUCAGCAGAGCAGUAAGAAUAUCUGCAGUCUGAGUAGAGUCUGACAGAGCUUCAACCGCUUAUCGCCGUUUUAGUAACUCACCAAUAGCGCCAUCAAACCAUUUGUCAAUCAGCUUUCGGCGAUAAAUCAUCAACCAAGCCGAAAGUCACCGCGGACAGUCCAGCGUGAGCCGAAACUCUCCCAGGACACCGAUCACCCCGUCCCCGAGGGAAGUCACUGACAGGUCACGGACAACUACCAGUGACCGCUGCAGCGGCCGCGAUGCGCCGCUCCAUCUCGGAGGUGUGGCCGGUGGGUCUGUCCGGCCCGGUACCGCCGCGCUCCUCCUCUUUGCGUCGCUCUCUCUCGGAGGUCGCCGAAUGUGUGACCCCGUGCGGUGAUGAUACCGACGCGCCGACCUCCCUCCUGCCGGGAGGAGGUGAUGACGGCGAUGACGCCCGUGACCUGGUGAGACUGACGGCGGCAUCGGAUGGCCCCAGUGCGACAGAGGCGGCGGAGAAGCUGGUGCACCUGUACCAGGUGGUGGAGAGGGUGACCAACAAGUGUUACGUCUCCGACAGGAACGCCAACAAUACCGCUGAGAAGGACCUGGAGAACAAGUUCAGCUCGCUGGCGCUGGCCUUCAAGACGGAUCGACUCACCCUUCAGGAGCGUCUGGACGUGCAGCGGCGACACCGGGAUCAGGCGGAGCACAACCUGGAGCUGGAGACGCAGCGGUUCAGGGACCAGCUGAUGCAGCUGAGUCAGGCUGAUGAGGACCGUCCUGCGCACCUCAAGUCCCUGCAGCGGCAGGUGGAGAUCUUCAAACAGAUCUCACAGCGACUCUCCAGCACAGCAGAGGUGCUAGGCGCUGUGCAACAGGAGCUGCGCGUCUCACACGCCGUCGAGGUGAUGACUCAGCACGUGGAAAACCUGCGCCACCUCUACGACCGCGAGCACGCCGAGCUCGAGGAGGCACGCCGCGUGCUCGCCUCGCACAAACUCGCCCUGCAGGAGCCCGGGGCGACCAAGGCGGGCCCGCCGGGCCGGCGACGAGCCUCCAUCGCCGUGUUCGCCGCCGGCAGAGGCAGCCCCAGCAACGGAGAAGCCCGUCCGCCGACGGUGGCGCCGCCCAGUGGCUCGCCGACGAACCAAUUGAUGCUGAAACGGCGCAGAAACUCGGCCGAUGGGAAGAGUUUCGACUCGAUCACAGAGGAGAAGGAAGAGGAACGAGAGCAUGACGACACUGGAACGAAGCCGGAAACGGCGUCAGACGAGCUUUACAGACCGGACGAGGAUGAGCUGAGGUCACACGUGGAGUCGGCCGUUUCGGAUGAGCUGGCCUCUUUGCGCUCUGAACAGGAGCAAUUGGCCAACGACCUGCGCACGCUGCUUUCCCGACAAACGGGAGCCGUCGUCGAACAGACCUCCAUCGCCGGCCGAGUGGUGUGGGACCUGGUGCGCGCGUGGCCCUACUCCCGGGAGGAGACGGCGCACCACCUGCGGUUCUGUUGUGGCGGCCUGUUCCUGGUGCUGGCAGUGCUGGUGCUGCUGGUGCCGCCCGCCUUCGGCCUGCGGGGACACCAGCGGGACGUCUAGGAUGGCCAGGAAUGGUCUAGGAUGGGCGCCCCGGCCCGAUAUACAGAGACGGAGGUAGCGCCCGCUGGCGUCCCGUCCCGGCUGGCCGGCGGCUCGACGGAAACCCUGCGGUCGAGGCCGUCACGUCGGCAGCGUGUUGUUUGUGUACUGCUUCUGUUGUAUUGAUGUAUUUAUCGCCCGAAUAAAUAUCGGCUUGUUAUGAG